AUGCUUCAUAUCAAAUUUGAUCCAAAAUUCUUACCUGUUGUAGCUACAAGUUUUACUUUGUUUAUUUUUCUUUAUAAAUUUAUUAAUCCAUUUUUAUCAAAUUUAUUAAUCAAAGAUUACAAAAAUUUUACUAUUGCACAAAAAGUGGAUUGGAGUACUAGGAUUAAUUCAUCAAUUAAUUCAUUUACUGUUGGUAUUAUUUGUAUAUAUAUGAUGAUUGCUGAUCAUGGACUGGAAGCGAAUCCACUAUUAUACAAAAGUUAUUUGUUAAAAACAAAUUUAUCAAUUGUCAUUGGAUAUUUAUUAAGCGACACGGCAAUUAGUAUGAUACAUUACAAUAAAAUUGGUGAUCCAUUUAGUAUGGCUCAUCAUCUUGUUUCUGUAUAUGCUUUUGUGCAUGUAUUAACACUUGAUGUUAUGCCGUAUUUUGCUAAUUUUCGACUACUUGCUGAAUUAUCGACACCUUUAGUAAAUAUAAGAUGGUUUCUUGAUACAUUGAAAUUUUCCAAAACAUCAAAAGCCUUUGUUUGCAAUGGCCUGUUGAUGACAUUAGUUUUCUUUUUUGUUCGCAUAUUAGCAAUGCCUAUUUAUUGGUGGAAAGUUUACACGGUUGCAAUAACUCCAUUAUGGCCACAUACGGGCCAUUUUAGAUUUGUUCUUAUAAUUGUAUGUACUAUACUUGAUAUUAUCAACUUGUAUUGGUUUUCAAAAAUGGUUCGAGGUUGUCUACGAAUAAUGAGAGCUGUAUAUGGAAAAAAGCAUGGAUAA